GGCGGCGGGACGGCGGCGGGACGGCGGCCCGGCGGGACGGCGGGCGCUGGGGGCCAUGGCGGGCUGCUGCGCCGUGCUGCGGGGCUUCCUGUUCGAGUACGACACGCCGCGCAUCGUGCUCAUCCGCAGCCGUAAAGUAGGGCUCAUGAACCGCGCCGUGCAGCUGCUCAUCCUGGCCUACGUCAUCGGGUGGGUGUUUGUAUGGGAAAAGGGCUACCAGGAAAUGGACUCUGUGGUCAGCUCAGUUACUACCAAGGCCAAAGGGGUGGCUGUGACCAACUCUUCUAACCUUGGCUUCCGGAUCUGGGAUGUGGCUGACUAUGUGGUUCCUGCUCAGGAGGAAAACUCUCUAUUUGUCAUGACCAACAUGAUCAUCACCACAAACCAGACCCAGAGCACCUGUCCGGAAAUCCCUGAUAAGAACACCAUGUGUGACUCAGACAUGGACUGCAGGGCCGGCUCUGCAGGCACCCACAGCAGCGGAGUGGAGACUGGCAAAUGCGUGCCCUUCAACGUGUCCAUGAAGACCUGUGAGGUGGCAGCCUGGUGCCCGGUGGAGGACGACACCCAUGUGCCACGGCCUGCUUUUUUAAAGGCUGCAGAGAACUUCACACUUUUGGUAAAGAACAACAUUUGGUACCCAAAGUUCAACUUCAGCAAGAGGAAUAUCCUUCCCAACAUCACCACCUCCUACCUCCAGUCGUGCACUUAUGAUGCCCAAACCGAUCCCUUCUGCCCCAUAUUCCGUCUUGGGAAGAUAGUGGCGGAUGCAGGGCACAGCUUUCAGGACAUGGCGGUGGAGGGGGGCAUCAUGGGCAUCCAGAUCAAGUGGAACUGCAACCUGGACAGAGCCGCCUCCUUCUGCCUGCCCAGGUACUCCUUCCGGCGCCUCGACACCCGGGACUUGGAGCACAACGUAUCCCCUGGCUACAAUUUCAGGUUUGCCAAGUACUACCGGAACCUUGCUGGUGAGGAGCAGCGCACGCUCAUCAAGGCAUACGGCAUCCGUUUCGACGUCAUUGUGUUUGGAAAGGCUGGGAAGUUUGACAUCAUCCCAACCAUGAUCAACAUUGGCUCAGGCCUGGCACUCCUGGGGGUGGCGACGGUGCUGUGCGAUGUCAUAGUGCUCUACUGCAUGAAGAAGAGGUUCUACUACCGAGAGAAGAAGUACAAGUAUGUGGAAGACUAUGAGCAGGGUCUUGCUGGUGAGAUGGACCAGUGAUGCCUCUACUAUACCUGGGCUCCCCUCGACCCUCUUCGAAGCAUAGUGAGAAGGGAAAAAUGGACCUGCUGCCACCCCAGAGAAAGUUCCAGAUUCUGAUCAGACUCCACUCCUUACAAAUGCUCAAGACUGCCCGGUAGCUCCUGUGGAUUUUGUUGUUUUCUGAGACAGGGUCUCACUCUGUGGCUACAGGCGGGUGCCCGCACACCUGCCUCCCGUGUUGCUGUGUAGGGUUCAUUUGCCCACUCAGUGCAGCGGUUGCAGUGCACUGCUGUUCUUCCCAUGCUGUGGCGGUGCUGGGUGAGCGGCUAGCCCGUGGACAUUGGCACUACUGUGGCCUAUGGGCUGGCAGGACCUUCUCCAGAGCCUUCCUUAAUGGCUCCGCUCUCCAGCCCUGAGUGCAGCUCCACUCCCAGGGGCAGCCACCCAGCUCAAGCACUUUACAGGGGACAGAAGGCCUUCCUGGUUGUGCUCACCAGGCAUGAGCAGAGCCAGGCCAGGCUGCUAGCCUUCCCUCUAGCCGUGGACUUUGUUCUUGCAAUCAUGAGGCAGAGGGAACAAAUGAAGACCAAACAU